AUGCCUGCCGGUUCUUCCGAAGCCGAAUUGUUGGUCUCGAGCCCUGUCUCGGAACCGCCUCCCUUUCGCCGGUCCACGCGCCACGCAUCGAUGCAGGCGUCCCGGCAGCUGUCAGGCGAGGUACCACUGCAACACGACAUUGACCAGGUGGUGACGGCGUUCAAGAAGGCCGUGGCUGAGCACGGGAAGUCCAGGGAUGGGUUGAGACUGGCCUGGCACCGAGUCAUCGACGCAUACCUGCGGCUCAAGCCAUCCGAUCCCGGCGCCUUCGGCAGCUGGGCGAGGGACACCAUCGGCGACCAGUACCUCGUCGACGCUCUCCCGCACAUCUUCAGCAACGAGUUCACGAGCAACCGCACCUCCCGCUACAUGGUCAAGGCCGCCAAGUACCUCCGCCUUGCCCACCCCGCCUUUGCCGUGCUCUACCUCGGGACGCUUGUUCGGACCACUCGCACGCUCGACAUCAUCGCCGGCUGGAUCGAGGCGUACCCAAAGCUCAGCUUCAGGGUCGACAUUUACCCCCGGAUCAUCGACGCCUAUCAGGCACGGAUCACCAAGAGCAAGAAGCUGGGACCUGUUGGCGUUGCCAUCUUCGCCGACCCUCGAAUCACCAAGGGCGGACUCAAGCCGCAGGACAUCACCGCGGCAGCUUUGAACUGUGAGUUUGUUCCCGUUUCCAUGUUGCCCAAGCCCCUGACCUUGUCGAUAACAACGACUCUGCCCACAGACGCGAGGGAGAAGGAUCCCGGUGGACUCGUCGAGUUCAAGAAGAAGCUCAACGCCACCACCAAGGCGAAGAAGGAGGACGCAACGUCGGGUGCCGACGGGUCCCAUGACGCGUCGAGUGACGAGGACGAUGAUCAUGGCGGAGACCAGGAUGGGGUCCCGGGCCAAGAUGGAGUCGAGGAUGAGGAUGGAGUCGAGCCUCACGACGGAGCCGAGGAUCGGGAUGGAAGCGCGGACCACCGCCGCACCGCUGUCUCCGAGGACAUCGAAGAACCCCGGGCCAGUGCCUCGGACGCCUGUUUCGCCCCCCAGACCCGACCUGUCCGCAUUGUCAUGGCCGGCAGCCUCCCACGCAGCAAGCCCGAGCAGCAGCCGCACACCCCUCAGCAACAUGUUGAGACGCCCAGCGCCGAGCAGCUCCCCCCUAUCGAGCGCGAUGGGAGCACCGUCCCAUCGGACUUCGACGACAUGGCCCUCGGAUCGGAUGACGACAUGGUCUUUGGAUCGCCGGUUGUUGCUCCGGUCACUCCAGUCACCAAGGUUCCCGUGGCAGUCGGCUAG